CUACAAAGUGGUGCCCUUUUCCCCCGUGUUAUCGUUCUGUUUUUUUAUGCUUUCCACUCAUCCUCCUGCACCAGCAGUCUCUGUCUACCGCAUCGACGCGUUAGUGUGUUUUUUUACGUGUGUGUGUGUGUGUGUCUGGGUGCAGUGAAUAUCCUGAAGCUAAGGAUGUGCAAAUGGCUGAGGCUGGGUUUACCAAUCUGUGUUAUUUUCGUGAUUUUAUGCAGCAUGCAGGAACACACACACGCACACAUUCAUACCCACGGCUGUUGGCUUCUGGUUUUCGGUUUUCCACUUUGAACUCACCUCGGCAAAUCUCCAUACCCUGUGUACUUAUGUACUUUAAAACGCAAAAACCAACCUAUGGAGACGGGAAGCCAGGGCUGGCAGAAUUGAAAAAGAAAAUGAAAAGAAAAAAGAGAGGAAAAGAGUUAGAGGAAGGGAGAGAGUUGAUUACGAUGGUGGUAUGGGCGCACGCUAGCUAGAGGGCGCUUUAAAAAUAAAGAAAACAUAAAAAUUAAACAAAACCUAUCGAAGUUGGCUGAGAGUGAUGGUGAGGUGAUAGGUGAGCGUCGGUGGGAAACAACAUAUUAAAAGAGAAAUCAAAAAAUUGAAGUGUCCGAUUAAUGCCGAGUAGCACAGCAAAAAGGUGUUUAUUUGUAAAAUGUAUGUGUGACGUGGGUGCUUAGCGAGGUAGAUAGGGAAACAGAGAGAGAUAGAAAGAGAAAGAGAAAAGAAAGAGAGAGAGAGAGAGAGAGAGAGAGAGAGAGAGAGAAAGCGAAGGAAAGCAGUAAAAAGGGGGAAAGUGGCAACGUAAAAGUUACCAUCAUAACUAGUAGCGCAAAUCAAUGUUUUAUGUAUAUUAUAGCGUGUCGCCAACAAUGUUGCUGGUAUUGCAGCUACAGCAUCGCCAACCGCCAAUCACCAAACACACAGACAGACAAACACACGAACUUAUCAAUAGGAACGAACAGAAGAGAGAGCCAGUGAGAGAUGAAGAAUGGCGUUUCAAGGGUGUCUGUCGCUCGCCGUACCGAGAUUCUUUCCCGUUCUAGACCGGGGACACUCUAGUCCGUCAGUUCGUCGCGAAGUUCACGCAGCGCAACAAAAGCCACAUUACCAAUUGUAUGAAUCUCAGAAGGCUCUUUCUCAGUGGAUUGCAAAGAGCGCAAUUACCACCUCUGGCACACGGAAGCAACACAGCAACAGCAGCAGCAGCAGCCGUCGGUGUUGAAACAAAUAUGGCUACCAGUCUAGUCAUGGGUUGCUUUUAUCCGGUGUGUGGUGAAAAAAUUUAGCAAAGAAAAAUCGUAUCAUUUUAAUAAUCGGAAACAUGAUCAUGUUGUUGUUGUUGUUGUUGUUGUCGUGCCGUGUGGUGGUAAGUGUGGUGAGAUGUGAAUGGAAGGAAAAAGGAUGAUCCUCCCUCACGCUGCCAAGGUACGUUGGUGGCGUCAGGUUGAUACGGGCGUCAGGCACGCGCUAUUAUUACUAUUAGUAUAAGUAUGAUUCUGACGAUUAUUCUGAUUACAGCUAGUAUGUAGAAUGUUUAUCAAACACAACAAAACAUACAACGGGUUUUAAACUAUUGAUUCAUUCAUUGGACACCGUAAACAACGAGCGAUGCCCGCAAAGUACGGGUGUGCUCGAAAGGCGGAACGCAGGAUGCGACCGAGCGAACUGGCAGGUGAGGAGGAAUUUGAGAGAAAAUCUGUAUAUUUAUUUGAAAAUAAAACAAAACAUACAAA